CUCAGCCAGGAUGACAUGACGGUGGUCCUGAAGACUCUGAGUGAGAACCUGACAGAGAAGUCUGAUGCUGUUCCACCUCCAGCUCUUCCUUCUCCCUCCACUGAUCUAUCCUCCGACACCGUAUCCAACAAAGAGUCCAUGGGCUCCGGAACCACCGGACCAGCCAGCAGCAACACAGUGGUGACGGCUGCUGUUGUGGAGCCCAGAAAAAAAAGCAAGCUGAAGAGCACACUGAAACUAGACUUCAAGUUCGACUCAAUGACACUUGUCUUGUAUAGCCCUAAUGGGAAUAUGUUACUAACGCUAGAUUCACACGAUGAGCAGCUGAAGUUGGCCGAGUUUACUCUGGACACCAUCUCCACCUCCGUCCACAUGUUCUCCGACAGCUCCAUGAAGGCCUCAGUACGACUGGCUGCCUGCCUUCUAGAUGACAAGAGAACCAGAAUCAAAAUGGUCACCCCGAGGAUGAUUGCAAUGCGUCCUGGUGCAGAACAGAACAUGAUGGUGGAGGUGAACUAUCGUCAGGGCCGUGAAGGCACCACUCUGGACACGCUGGUGCAGGACGUGUACCUGUGUGCCAGCAUGGAGUUCCUUCACAUCGUGGCAGACAUCUUUCUCAAUGCCACCCAGCAAGGGUUUGCUCAGGCGCCACAACCCAAGACCAGUACUGGACCGGGAGAGAGAAAGAAUAUAAACUCCUCUACAACAUCUAAAGAGUCCACUGUGGCUCCAGCUGUGGUUUCAAAGACAGAGAUUAAUGUUAUGGUGCGCAACCCGGAGAUUGUGUUUGUGGCUGACCUGACGCGCGCCGACGCUCCGGCUCUGGUGAUGACCACGCAGUGCGAACUAGUGAUGAAGAGUAGUGCAGAGGGAUCACAGAUGACGGCUGUUAUCAAGGAACUCAAGGUGGUGGCGUGUCCAUUCUUGAGAGAGAAGAGGAAAAACAACGUAACGACAGUGCUACAGCCGUGUCAGGUUUUCUUCCAGACUUCUCAAUCCCUCACCUCCCCUCAGGCUAUGGAGGUCUCCAUCAAUGCUCUAACAUUAAAGGUAUCUCCAAUCAUCAUCAACACAGUGAUGACCAUCCAGUCUGCGCUGACUCCCACAGCGGAGACCCCCGAGGAGCUGGCCAGUCCGAUCCCUGUGGACCUGUGGAAGAAACGGGGCUGGAAGGAGCUUAAACUGUGGUUCCUAGAAGAAGAGGGGGAUGAAGACACAAAGUCACUGGCCCCACUGAUACCAACUGGAGAGUCAUUACAGGUGACCAUUAAAUCGAUCUGUCUGACUCUGGAGGCUGGAGUGGGACACCGCACGAUCCCAAUGCUCCUGAUCAAGUCCUCCUUCCAUGGAGACGUGGCAAACUGGUCCACACUUAUUAACUUACACAGCGUGCUCAACCUGGAGGUUCACUAUUACAACGAGGUGCUGGGAGUUUGGGAACCGCUGCUGGAGCCCUUAGAAGAUGAGAAGGAUGGUUUUAGAUCAUGGACUCUUGAACUGAAGAUGAAGAAGAAGCCAGUGAACUACAUAGGUUCAGAUGAGGUGGAUUUUUAUGUCCCAGACUAUAAGACAGUCAUUGUCAUCAGCAGUAAAGACCAGCUCAACAUCACCCUCUCCAAAUGUGGGCUGGCCAUGUUGAGUAACUUGGGCAUGGCAUUUGCAGAGGCUGCCAAACAGACAGCUGACUCCUUCCAGAAGGAUGAGGCUCCCUUCAUAGUGAAGAACCGCCUCGGCCUGCCAGUGUCCGUCCGCCACAGUGAGAUGUUUUGUCCAAUCGGCCAGCAGGGCACCAACCGCACAGUUGAGCUGGAGGAUGGGCAAACCCUCGGGUUGGACUAUUUGACCACAACAGACACAGACCAGUUCUCAGCCAUGAUUUCCUUGAGUGGAAGAGAGUACUACAUACAGCCCACUCCGAUGGGUCACACCUCAGCCAGCGUGAUCCCCCUGAUCAAGGUGGGCCGGGGGAUGUACAAUGUGAUGCACAAAGACUCAGGAGUCACUCGUUUCCUGGUCUGUCAGAUUUACACUGUGGAGGGCAGCAAGUACGUCAAGAUCCGCUCUCCAUUCCAGAUCAUCAAUCAUUUCUCAAUCCCAUUCAACGUUUUUGAGGGAUCAACAUGUCUGGGUAAAGCUCUCCCUACUGAAGAGUUCUGUGUGCCUUUGGACUCGUAUAGGUCUGAGCUGAGCCUUCGGCCGAUAACAGAGGAGGACACUGAUGAUCAGGAGGAGCAGUACGAGUGCUCAGAGGGUUUCAGCUACGAAGACUUCCAUGCUCAUGAGCCCGACACACGCCUGCAGCAGACCUGCCGUCGGCGUGGAGAUCAGGGUGGUGUUCUGAUGGUCAACAUGGUGCCAUCGAGAGACGCUGUGACAUUCAAACACACUGGAGAUGUUGGGGAGAACUUCGAUGUUCCCUUUGUGCUUCAUCUGUGGCCUUCCAUCCUGCUGCGCAACCUGCUGCCUUACCCCAUCUCUUACAAACUGAAGGACAGUGGUGUCUCUGCCCCUGAGGCCACUCUGAACCAGGGCCACUCUGCCCAGCUUCACACUGCGGUCAUCAACCAAUCAAGUCUCGAUCUGUGCCUACUGAACUACUUGGAUCAGGACUGGUCUUCUGAGUACAGGUUGGACUUUGAUGUCAUUCAUUGUUGAAG